UGGUGUCUCUGUUUUUCUACUUCCAUUUUCCUCCCUCACAUGCCCCAGCCCUCAGACUGGUGGCCACUUUGGAGGUUGUCCAAACUUCACCUCAUUCUGGAAAUCGGCCAGCUCUGCAGGCACAGCCCCAGGCUGCCCCGGGUUCGGCAUCUCUGAUGCUGUGGUGCAGGUACCUAAUUGUGGAUGCCGCUCCCAGUCUCUCCAUCUGGCCCUAGAUAAGAUAAGGGUGGGGAUCGGCCCUAUAAACAGGCCCCAGUCAUUCCCCUGGCCCAGGACCCCAGCUAGCUCGGAUGCAUCAGCCCAAGAUCAGCAUGGCUGUCCGCUCGUGGAUGGUUGCCCUGGCUGUGGCUGCCCUCCUCAUUGUAGACAGGGAGACGCCCGUGUCGGCGACAAGCCUGAUUUCCCCAAGAAUGCCCAUCUGUGAGCACAUGGAGGAGUCUCCUGUCUGUUCCCAGACAUCCAACCUGGUCUGUGGCACUGAUGGUGUCACGUAUGACAAUGAAUGUCAGAUCUGCUUGAUCCGGCUGAAAACCAAACAGGACAUCCAGAUCAUGAAGGAUGGCAAAUGCUGAUCCCCAUAGCAGCCUCUUAAGCCACGAAGUUUUGGGCUAGACAACAGUGCUGGGAGUGAAGGAUGUGACAUGAAUAAAAGUUCCAACCCAACUCA